AUGCCUCGUGGCGAGGAGAAGGAUCGUAAAGCGCGUGCUCCACUACGUCGUCAACCAAAUGCUGCGCUAUUCGGUAAAGACCUACGAUCGAUGAUGUAUGCCUUUGGUGAUGAAGCGCCACAAGCAGACAGUGUCCAAGUGAUGGAAGACAUCCUUGUAGAUUACAUCUCAGAGCUCUGUAGUGAAGCUGGUCGUGUUGCUGGACAACGACAGAAAGUCAAGGUGGAUGACUUCAAAUUUGCACUACGUCGCGAUACAAAGAAGCUUGGACGUGUCGAGGAACUGCUUACGAUGCAGAAAGAGAUCCAACAAGCUCGCAAGUUGUUUGAUGAGCAAGAAGGGUGA